UACUUCUCAGGAUAGCAAGGGGGACAACGUUAAGCGUGUAGGGAUACAGCGGAGAGACACGUCGCUAGCAGGUGCACAACGCAGGGCAAUCACAAAUACGAUGCCAUAGCAUAUGGCGUUUACAAUUUUCCAACGCUAGAAAACUAGCUCGCCACAACCUAUAACCUUGUGCUUUCACUGGAAUAAUGUCACGAGUGGCUGUUAUCGGCUGACCUCCUUUCACCAGAGUGACUUUGAGAAUCGAAUCCAUUCACUCUACCACCAACAAAAUGUCAGGAACCUACACACCGGCCCCUGGUGGGCCUUUCUCGGCUCUCACUCCUAGCAUGUGGCCCCAGGAUAUUUUGGCCAAGUACCAUCAAAAAGAACCCUCAGAACAGCCUGACCUCCAGUAUGAUGAGUUUGGCUUCAGAGUGGACCCUGAAGACGACGGGAAGCCCCAGUCCAGGCUGGGCACUGAAGGCUCCCCCCAGCGUGAAGACCCCCAGCAGCGACUGCGCUGGCAAGCCCACCUAGAGUUUACCCACAACCACACUGUUGGAGACCUGACCUGGGAUCUCAUCGAUCCCGUCCUCUCGCGCUCUGAGCGGCUACGUUCCCUGGUGCUGGGUGGUAUCCCUCACAGCAUGAGGCCCCAGCUGUGGAUGCGCUUGGCUGGAGCGCUGCAGAAGAAGAGGACCUCUGAGAUCUCUUACAGAGAAAUUAUUAAGAACAGUUCCAACGACGACUCCAGCACAUCCAAACAGAUAGAGAAGGACCUGUUGCGGACCAUGCCGACCAAUGCCUGUUUCUGUAGCAUGAGCAGUGUAGGAGUGCCGAGGCUGAAGCGGGUCCUGAGAGCCCUGGCCUGGCUCUACCCAGACAUUGGGUACUGUCAGGGCACCGGCAUGGUGGUGUCCUGUCUGCUGCUCUUUCUGGAGGAGGAGGAUGUGCUAUGGAUGAUGUGUGCCCUGAUCGAAGACCUCCUCCCUCCAGCCUACUUCACCUCGACUCUGCUUGGUGUUCAAACAGACCAGAGGGUUCUCCGCCAGCUCAUAGUUCAGUAUCUGCCGCCCCUCGACCGUCUUCUGCAGGAGCAUGACAUAGAGCUGUCGCUGAUCACCUUGCAUUGGUUCCUGACUUCAUUUGCCAGCGUAGUGGACAUCCGUCUGCUCCUAAGGAUCUGGGACUUACUUUUCUACCAAGGCUCGUUGGUUCUCUUCCAGAUCACACUGGGCAUGCUCAAGAUCAAGGAGGAGGAGCUUGUAUCGUCAGAGAACUCUGCGUCCAUUUUUAAUACUCUGUCGGACCUGCCGAGCCAGCUGCGAGAUGGGCCCGCAGUUCUCGGGGAAGCUAUGAGGCUAGCAGGGUCGCUAACCCAGGAAACACUGGACGCUCACCGGCACAAGCACCAAGCCUACAUCCUGAACGAACAGGCGCAGCUCAGCAAUGGAAACAACACAACAUACAGUACCAACCUCAACAAGGCGGUGAGGAGACAGUCCCUGCGCAGGAAGUCCACUCUGAGCUCCUUGCUGUUCGGGGAGGAUGAAGCAGAGGCCCUGAAGUCCAAGAACAUCAAGCAGACGGAGCUGGUGGCAGCCUUACGAGAGGCUAUCACCCGUACUGCAGAGCACUUUCAUUGCCUGGACCCUCGUCACUCCAGCACUGAACUGACUCCUGACUACUCCAUGGAGAGCCACCAGCGAGACCAUGAGAACUUUCUCGUAGUUUCUCGCACCAGACGGAGACGGGCUAAGGCUCUGCUGGACUUCGAGCGACACGAUGACGACGAGCUGGGGUUCAGGAAGAACGACAUCAUCACUAUCAUCUCACAGAAAGACGAACACUGUUGGGUUGGAGAGCUCAACGGCCUCAGAGGUUGGUUUCCAGCGAAGUUUGUGGAGAUCCUAGAUGAGAGAAGCAAAGAGUACUCAUUAGCAGGGGAUGACUCUGUGACGGAGGCGGUGACGGACCUGGCCCGGGGCACACUGUGUCCGGCCCUGAAGGCCAUCUUUCAGCACGGACUCAAGAAGACAUCUAUACUGGGAGGGCCAUGUCAUCCGUGGUUAUUCAUAGAAGAGGCGGCCAGCAGAGAGGUAGAGAGAGACUUUAACUCGGUCUACUCCAGACUGGUGCUGUGUAAAACCUACAGGUUGGAUGAAGAUGGGAAAGUACUCACACCAGAGGAGCUGCUGUACAGAGCGGUGCAGUCGGUCAACAUGAGCCACGACACCGCACACGCUCAGAUGGACGUCAAGUUUAGGUCUCUUGUCUGCGUGGGCUUAAAUGAGCAGGUACUGCACCUGUGGUUGGAGGUGCUGUGCUCCAGCAUGACCGCUGUAGAGAAAUGGUAUCACCCGUGGUCAUUCCUCCGCAGUCCCGGAUGGGUACAGAUCAAGUGUGAGCUCAGAGUGCUUUCAAAGUUUGCCUUCAGCCUCUCCCAGGAUUGUGAGCUACCUGACAAGAAAGAGGAGAAGGAGCAGAGGCCGCUGAAGGAGGGUGUGCAGGACAUGUUGGUGAAGCAUCAUCUCUUCAGCUGGGACAUUGAUGGCUAAACACACACAGCAAAACUUAUCCGAGUCCUACUGCGUCCUCCUGUCUGUGUUUGUGUGAUGUCUCCUUGUCUGUCACUUACAGACCGUCAAUUAUAAUGAAGACGCUGCUGUCUGCUACAGGAAGUGACUGCUUCAUCUGUCACGUCUGUUCAGCCAGACACUGUGCAUAAAGGUGCAUACUUUAUUUUACUUCAAACCCACUGUAGGAGAUUGCACUACAUAUUGCACUACAUGGUGAGGAAAUAUAUAUAUAUAUGUAUGUAUGUAUGUAUACAUGUAUAUACAUACAUACAUACAUACAUGUAUACGUAUAUGUAUAUAGUCGUAAAACACUGCAGUACAGAAUAGUCUGUACCCGUGUGUCAAGUACGUAUCAAACUCCCUGCUGGACAUUCAGCUUUCCGUAGGUCAUCACCACGAGAAACCCUGGACCUUUAACAUGGUAUUAAAUGCCACACUAACCUUUAAAUGCCCAGAUAUAAACACCAAAACAGAACAUUCCUAAAUAUGGAGCUGUAAAGUUACGCAUUUAUUUUUGAGAGGGAUGUUAGUUACCUCCAAUAUCAUGAACUCUACAAAAGAUAUCGUCAAAUACUAAAUGUUGCACAUGCCAAGUAAAGCCUUUUCAAAUUGUUAUACCAGAUUACGGCUAUGUGUGCUACCUUAUCAGUGGUAGUGGAGUCUGCACUCGUAUGACAAAAUGUAAAUGACGCAGAUAAAUACUUUUUGUGUUACAAUCUAUAAAUAAAUGUUACAUAGCCUA